GAGCGCGCAGGUCCGGUUGUUAUGGUGAAGCAUUUCCCCCGAGGGUCUGGAGCAGCAGGAGCAGAGGGCAGCAGCUGAUUCAGUUUCACAGCCGCUCAGGAGCUCCACCUGACAGCCAGCUCAACAGGUCGCAUCACGCGGCACACUGGCCCGGUGGUCGUACACAACAGCUGAGCAAUGUCAUUCCAUCGCGUCUGUUUCCCGUGUAGCCAGACUAAAGUCUGAGCAGGAGUUUCAGCUGUGUUUUCUUUGCAGACAGAAGACAAUGUCGUUGAGGGACGGAUCAUUGAAGCCUCCGUUCCCGGCUCUCUUCUUCUGAAGAUCUGCCAAAAAGUGCACCAACAACAACAAUGACAAGUUGGAAUAGUCUCACUCACCACCAUGGGAUACUACAUUUGUAUUAUUGUUGCAUAAACUCCCCAGUUCUUCCUACUUUGUAGAUUUGCCGCCAUUUUCUCACUAUGGAUUAUCAAACACUGGACCCUCUGUUGGAUCUAAUUCUUGGACACAGUCGGCACCGCGUUGGAUUAGAAGCUCCAAUGAAGCCUCCAACCUGGAGACAAGUUUGAUUCUGCCGUCCUCACAAUAUCUGUUCAUUGUCUCGCCCCCUCAGUGGCUCAUUGGCCAAGUUACCAACAGUUGAUAUGGAUGAGAGGACUGACGGUUGUUUACAAUCCACAGCUGGGAUGAUAAUGUUUUGGACAUCUCUCUGUUUUUCCAACGCACGAUAAGAGUUGUUAUCAUCUGAAAGAUGAGAAAGAGACAUUGCAACAAUUCUACGUGUUGCUUACUUUUGAAAUCAUGGAGAUAUCUGCCACCUGAUUGCACAACAUAAGUUGUUUUGUUUCAUCAUACUUGCAGAAGGGCCUCCUUAAGAGGCACAAGGGAGGUAUAUGAGACAUUUGAGAAACUUUCAUAUUUAAUAUACUUUUGGACUAAGAGGAACGAACAGGAAAAGAAUAGCGAAGCCACCGGGACAGCUCAUAGUGUUGUGGUGGCAUGGCAGCAGAGCACGGCGAGCUGCUGGCUGAGAUGGCCACAGUCGGGCGUCUGAGUGCCACCGAACGCCUGAAGCACGCCCAGAAGCGGCGCACUCAGCAGCUGAAGGGAUGGGCACAGAUGGAGAAGGAUUCAACUCGAGGGUCAAGGGCCAAAGCGGAUAAGAAGAAGGCGCGAACCAUCAAAGUUACAUUCCCCAAGGCCAUCACCCUGCUGGAUGCAGCUGCACGCAAUGAUGUGGAGGAGGUGAGAGAACUGCUUAACAAUGGUGUCAGCCCAGAUCUAGUCAACGAGGACGGACUGACAGCCCUACAUCAGUGCUGCAUUGAUGACUUUGUGGAAAUAGUGCAGUGCCUGCUGGAUGCUGGUGCCUGUGUGAAUGCCUGUGACAGUGAGCUGUGGACUCCACUGCAUGCUGCAGCCACCUGCGGACACACUGGAUUGGUGCAGCUCCUGAUUCAGGCUGGGGCUGACCUGCUGGCUGUCAAUGCGGAUGGCAACAUGCCUUAUGACCUCUGUGAGGAUGAGGCCACCCUUGAGCUGCUGGAGAUGGUUAUGGCUGAACAGGGGAUAACUCAGGACCGCAUAGAUGCAUGUCGAGGGGCUAAAGAGACGGCCAUGCUGGCUGACAUUCGGGCUCUGGUUCAGAACGGAGCCGACUUAAACGCGCAGGACGCUAAUGGAACUACACUGCUCCACAUAGCGUCUGCUAACGGCUACAUGUCUGUGGCGGAGCUGUUGUCUGAACACAGAGCUCAGGUGGAGGUGAGGGACUCAGACGGCUGGACGCCGCUACAUGCCGCCUCCUGCUGGGGACAAAUCCAAAUGGUGGAACUGUUGGUGGCCCAUGGAGCCAGUUUAAACACCAAGUCUGUGCUGGAGGAGACGCCUCUGGACGUGUGUAUGGAUGAAGAGGUCAGAGCCAAACUGAUGGACCUGAAGCACAAACAUGACGCCAUCAUGAAGAGCCAGGACCGGCAGAAGGGCACACUGCAAAGACGAGCCUCGAGUACUGGCAGCAGAGGCAAAGUGGUACGUCGUGUCAGCGUGAACGAGCGCUCCAGUCUGUACCGGCGGGAGCACCACAAAGAGGCCAUGGUGUGGCAGGAGCGCGGCCGACAGCCAGAGCCACAGGACGACGAUGAGGACAGACAAACGGACAACGAGCUGCACCGGCAUGCCAUGGUUGCUGGUGGUGCAGCCACGUCACGUCUAGAGGAGGUGGAGGCUGCAGACAGGAAAAUUGUGUCCAGUCUAGGUAAUGGAGGGACAUCUGUUUCUCUGGCGUCCUCUGUACCUGGAGAGCUGUGGACUGGAGGAGGUCUCUUGGAUCGCAGCGCCUCGUACCAGCUCAGCCCUGCAUCUGGAGCUGGCUCUACAGAGGGGGAAGGGGUGGACAGUAUGACUCGGGAGAAAUCGCACCAAACCCUGGCUGACCUGAAACGCCAGCGGGCAGCUGCCAAGCUCAAUAAGUACCCAGCACCUCCCCCACCGCUGCCCCCUCCCCUAGAGGAGGAGCCUUCUGCUGCAGCGGCUGAGGUGGCGACCACUCAGGCCCAGCCAGAGCUCCAAGUGACCCCCAAUGCAGAGGAGGUCGCCUCCCCGAGCCAGGUGUACUUCACCCCCGCCAGCGGAGACCCUCCGCUGCUGAAACUCAGAGCCCCUGAGGAGGACCAGUCUAACAAUAAGGAGCCUUGCUGUGGACUCAUGUAGACAUCCUGACACACACACUCACACACUCACACACUCACACACUCACACUGUCUACAGAGCAGAGAAGUUGUGUGUUUUACACUCCAAAGUGGCAAAAACCUUUCAACAAACAGACAAAUGAAUCCUUGAAGACUGUAAGUUAAGGCCACAUGCCAAUGAGGGUUUGAUCUUCACUGCAGUGAACUGAAUUGUGAUCUUUGUGCUUAUUUCCCGUUUGUUUAUAGGUUUUUUUUAAUCAAUACGAUACACACUUAAGGUCCUAGCAUUCCCUGUUGCUCCCUCUGGAUGUCAGGUGUCCAUCUAGUGACUCAGAGAGGAACUACAGAUUCCAGUUUUGCAUCACAAGCAAAUAUUUAGUUUCCUUGGCCUUUGUUCAUUACUUUAAUUAUCUCUUACUACACUACUGUAGAAUGACAUUUCAUUGAAAAGCCUUAGAAUCAUGUAAAAUUUGAAUUAUCCACGUAAAGAUUAAUGAAAUUCAGUUCAAUAUUAUUUGUUUUAAAUGUAAGAUCUGUUCACUUUCCUGAGUCCUAUGAAAGGUACAUGAUCUGCAUUUGCAUAUAUUUACAUUAGAAGCCAUUAUACAGAGAUUUCUUGGUCAUGAUAGUUUCAGGAUGCACUAUAACAACUCUUUUUUUUCUUGGACUAAAAGCACACUGAAGAUUUCUCUUUGUUACUUUUCCAGUGCACAGAAAAGCCUACAUUUCAAAUUUAUUUAAUGGUGCAAUUUGUAAAUUAAAAGAAUGUGAGAUCAUCUGCAUAUAUAUUUAAAUCAGUGGAUCAUUUACUCAGCCCAUUGUUAUCAUUUCUAGAUUUCUAUUUUUCUACCCUCUGAAUGGAAUCACAUUAUUUAUUCUCUAAUACUGAAUAUGGCCGACGGUGUACAGAUCAAUUUUUUAAAGAUAAAAAGUAUGAAGGCAAGAUAUUUAUCAGAGAGAUGAUAUAUAGUUUUGUUGUCACAUGAUUAUUUGUCAAAGGUUGGUGCCUUCUUUAGGUGGCAGAUUUGAGGUUUGCAAUGCUUGCACAAAGUCCCACGUGUAAAUGAGCUGAGCAGUGGGACACAAUGAUCAGACGAUGUUGAUGUGCUGUCGAUGCACUCUACUUUCUGUGUUGCAAUUCUGUUUUGUUAGUGAUUUUUACUGCCCUGUUUAGAAAAACAAGACAUAAAAACGUUACGUUUUCAAUAAUGAUUUUUUUGUAUUUUUCUUUUCUGCAAGUGGAUUGAUUUAAUGGAUCUUGACAUUAUGACUGUUUAUGUAUCUGGAUAUUGUUUAAAUGGAGGGAAACAUUUGUAAAAAAGAUGAAAAGUAGUAAAGGAACAUAAAGUUA